AUAUUUUGGCAUUGUCAUGGUUAUAUAUUUUUGGGAGAUUCUGACCAUUAGUAGCCCACGUUUAUCUUUUCCUCCGUUGAAUGAUCGUUCCCACCUCCAGCAGUGGGAACGUCGCUAUACGCACAGUGGGUGUGUCGUCAGGAUGUCCGUUAUCCGGGGGCUGGGAACUCUUAUAAAGCUGGGCCGCUAUCCAGUGGGCUGGCAAAAAGUUACGCUGGACUUAAGAAAGCUUCCCGUUGUGUGAUCGUAGCUGUUUUCAGGAAACCACCCAGUCUGUCCACCACUGGGUAUCCCUGCUGAAGCCUGAAGAGAUAGCAUACAACAUAUCCCCAGGCCUCAAGGAGAACUGCUCCCAUCACACUUUGAUUUACCUUUCUGCGGACUCCGGGACUCCCCCAACAUGAAUCUAAUGUUUCUAUGUACAGGCCUACUAUUCGGAUGGUCCCACGGGGUGUUUGGAAAAGCUCCUGCAGAUAAAGGGCCGAAGGGGAAGUUCAGCGUUCCCGUACUGGACGUCAAAGACGGUCAGCUGAUCCUGCCAGCCAAUCACACGCUGCGGCUGAACUGCAGGGGCCGCGGGGAGCUGGCGUGGCUCCUCCCCGAGGGGGCGCAGGGGCGCGUGCGGCUGGAGGCGUCGCGCUGCGGGCGGACGGGCCAGCACCACUGCAGCCGCCUGACGCUGAGCCCCGCCCUGCUGCAGGACACCGGCGCCUACCGCUGCCGCUACCGCAACCGCACCCGCCGCCACAGCACCAUCUACGUCUACGUCACAGAUAGCCGGCAGCCAUUUGUAAAAGGCCUGGGCGGCCCGGACGUGCUCUUCAUGACGGUGGGCCGGCCCCUGCUCAUCCCCUGUCGUGUCACCCACCCCAACGUCACCGUGUCUUUAGCCAAGUACGGUGAGAAGAAGCAGGUGAGGCCCGACCAGACCAACAUCCUGUGGAACAGCCGGCGGGGGUUCACCAUCCGCCGGCCCAACUACUACUACAUCGGCCUCUUCUACUGCCAGGCCCUGGUGGAAGGCGUGGCCCACUUAUCCUACCGAUACUUUAUCUACAGACCAGUGUCCAACAUCAAGGAGGCCUACCUGAACACCAGCGGCCCUGUGAAGGCCCUGAAGGGAGAGCGCUUCGUCCUGAACUGCACCGCCAUCGGAGAGCUCAACACCAGGGUCAACAUCACCUGGGAGUACCCGGGCAUGAACAACAGCAGCAGCUCCAUCAGGAAGCGCAUCGUGAAGUACCAGGACUACGUGCUGUUCUACAGUCUGCUGACCCUGCCGCGGCUGAAGAGGUCCGACCGGGGGCGCUACACCUGCAGGGUCAGCAGCGGCACCAAGGCUAAGCGGCCCACCGUCAGCCUCAUGGUCUACGAUCGACCGUUCAUCCGCCUGAAGGCCAGGAAUGGCUCGGUCCUGCAGGCCAACGUCGGGCAGAAGUCCUAUCGCCUCACCCCCAAACUCCGAGCCUUUCCCCCCCCUCAGUUCAUAUGGUUGAAGGACGGGAUGGUCGCGGCCGAGCGCUGCUCCCGUUACCGUGUCAACCAGAGUUCCCUGGUGAUCCGGGACGUGGCAGAGGAGGAUGCUGGGGAAUACACCCUUCUGGUGGGGAACCAGGAGCACGGCCUGUUCCGGAACCUCACACUCACACUAGUGGUGAACGUGAGGCCUCAGAUAGCAGAGAAGGCGGUGACAUCACUGGACCCCGCCCCCGUCCCGCGCGGGAGCAGACAAGCCCUGCACUGUACGUCCAAGGGAGUCCCCUCGCCCCACGUCCAGUGGCAGUGGCACCCCUGCCCUGCGGACGGCCUCCCGUCUGCGCGGCGGGCCUGACGCGGCCCCCAGGAGGAGCCCCCGGUGGACGGCCGGCCGGGCUGAGGGAGAGAGGGCCCCCGGGCCUGGCCCUGGGAACCGCCGCGCUCUUAUCUUGGCGAGGCAGGAGGCGCGGCGGGCUUCCUGUGCGAAAAUCAGAGCGCUUUUCCUCCCCUUGUUUGGCUUCCUCCCUCGACGCGAGACGCUUCCCAGCAGCGUGAUUGUCCCUUCGUCUUCAAACGGGCCCACAGGCCACUUCCUCAAGGGCUUGAUCUAUUCUUGAGCCCUUCUCCACCCUCUACCCACCACCCCCCCCACCAGGACCCCACCCCACCAGCUCGCCAUCCCCUCCCUCAGCACCCCCCCCCCCCCCCACAUCAACCUGUGUGCAGACCCCCCCCCACCGCCUUAGGACCCUAGGGCUGCGGUCCUGCUCAGACCCUCGGACUCAGACUCUGUUGCAUUGUGGGAGGUUACGGGUGGGGGGGGGGGGGGGGGGGGCGCUUGGACCACUGCUGGGCAGUCAAGACCAAGGAACACGGUGUGGAGACCCCCUGGGGGGCAAGAGCCACCGAGGGCAUGGCAGGGGCCCACACACCAUCAAUACCACUGCAAUAUUUAUUUAUUACUUCCUUCAAAUACCCACGACAACCCCCCCCCCCACUCCCCCCGCGGACCCCCCUCCCCCCACCGGAGCCCCCUCCCCC